UCUACCAGUAUGAAAGAGGUCCUUAAAGAACAAAUGUUUUUAGAAAAGAAAGUUGCAAUGAGUAAGAGAGGAAGAAGGAUAGUACUGGUUCUUUAAAGAUAAGAAACGAUGUUUUUGAUGAAGACUCUAGAGAUACCCAAAAGUCCAAUGAGUCACAGGAUAGAAUAUCCUCCUCCACAAAAGACAAUAAAUCUGGAAAGUCUGAUUGCAAAACCUCAAAAAAGUCUCUUGAGCCAGCAGAAGAGAAUAAAAGUGACUCCAGAACCGAAAAAGAGAGUAAAAAGAAAUCUUUGUUUUUAGAAAAAAUUCAACAAGAUGCCGGGACACAGGAUACUAGAAAGCAACUAGAGAGAUUUGACUCAAACUCAGAAGACCAUCAGAAGACCAGAACACCCAACAAACCUGACAAACCUCUCAAAAAAGAAAGUAUUGACAGUGAUGCACUGAGUGCAAAGGUUACACCAAGAAAAGAG